UUUCAAAUUUCAGAUUACUGAACCAACAUUCUUCUCUUCACCAUUCAUCUCCGUAGAGAAAAAUGGAGAUUGUAUCAAGUUCAAUUUCUUCGUGUUCUAAAGAGGAUCAGAAGAUCUAUCAAAACUGGUUCAACUUCGUCGAUUCAGAUGGCGAUGGUCGUAUUACAGGAAAUGAUGCUACUAAGCUGUUUUCAUUGUCGAAUCUAUCUAGGCCUGAACUCAAGCAGGUUUGGGCAAUUGCAGAUACUAAACGACAAGGUUUUUUGGGUUUCAAUGAGUUUGUCACUGCAAUGCAGUUGAUCUCCUUGGCACAAGAAGGACGUGAGCUCAGCUCUGAUCUCCUUAGGAGCAAAGCUAAUAUGGAGUUUUUGAGUCCUCCAUCUAUGGAAGGUUUGGAUGCUUUAUUAUCCUCGCAGAAGAUCAAUGGUUCGUCGAUGAAAAAGAUUGAAACAAAUGGAACUAUUCAACUGCAGUCACCACCACCAAUCAACUUGUUUUCCAGAAAAUCUAGAAAGAAGAUCCAGCCUUCUCUUACCGCUGUUACAUCAGUAACUGAUGGUUUGAAGAGACUAUACAAUGAAAAGUUGAAGCCGCUGGAACUUACUUACCGCUUUAAUGAUUUUGCAUCUCCUGCUCUGACGGAGAGCGAUUAUGAUGCCAAGCCUAUGGUCAUGCUUUUGGGACAAUACUCGACAGGAAAAACCACAUUUAUCAAACACUUGCUAAAGAGCAAUUAUCCAGGUGCACACAUCGGACCAGAGCCAACAACCGACAGAUUUAUUGUGGUUACGUCUGGUCCAGAUGAAAGGAGCAUUCCUGGCAACACUAUUGCUGUUCACAACGACUUGCCAUUCACUGAUUUGACAAAGUUUGGUGGAGCAUUUUUGUCAAAAUUUGAGUGCUCCCAAAUGCCACAUUCUCUCCUUGACCAUAUUUCAUUCGUGGACACUCCUGGAGUUUUAUCGGGAGAGAAGCAAAGGACACAGAGAAGUUAUGAGUUUACUGGUGUCAUCUCAUGGUUUGCUGCAAAAUGUGACAUGAUACUCCUCUUGUUUGACCCACAUAAACUUGAUAUUAGUGAUGAAUUCAAACGAGUUAUAUCAUCUUUGAAAGGUCAUGAGGACAAAAUCCGUGUAGUAUUAAACAAGGCAGAUCAAGUAGAUACACAACAACUGAUGAGAGUUUAUGGUGCAUUGACGUGGUCUCUUGGAAAGGUUCUGAACACACCUGAAGUUGUGCGAGUCUAUAUAGGCUCUUUCAACGACAAACCAGUUAAUGAAGAAGCUGUUGGUCCUACUGGAAAGGAUCUUUUUGAAAAAGAGCAAGAUGACCUUCUUGAUGAUUUGAUAGAUAUUCCUAAGAAGGCUUGUGAUCGUCGAAUCAAUGAAUUUGUUAAACGUGCCAGAGCAGCUAAGAUCCAUUCCUACAUUGUUAGCCAUCUUAAGAAGGAGAUGCCUGCAUUGAUGGGCAAGUCCAAAACCCAGCAGAAACUCAUCCAGAAUCUUGAUAACGUGUUCGAAAAGGUCCAGAAAGAAUUUCGUUUACCAGCUGGGGAUUUCCCAAGUGUUGAUCAUUUUAGGGAAGUUUUAAGUCAUUACAGCAUCAAUGAUUUUGAGAAACUGAAGCCUAAAAUGAUUCAAGCUGUGGACGACAUGCUCGGUCAUGACAUCCCAGAGCUUCUGAAGAACUUCAGAAAUCCUUAUGAGUAAAGCUCCUUAAUGUUUGCACCACUUCAAGAAAUUUUGAGGUUGAAAGUUUUGCUUGAAUGAUGAUUGAAUGCUACCUUUAUUGAUGUAAAUUUACUGCAAUUUCGUGCAUUCUUUGCGCUGUGAAUUCGAACCUCAUUCAGUUCGUUACGAUAAAUAGAUAGUUACAUUCAGUGCUUAAA